CGCUUAUCCUCUGUGAUUGGAUGCAUGGCCAGAAAUAGAUACACCCUGCCCCUGCUUCCGCGCAUCUGCUCUGGGUAUUAUUAUCACGGCGGCGGCACCGCGAUCAACCAUCGGCAUGGGUUCUCACUUCUCAGCCUGGAAGACAUUCACACCUCUUCACGCCCAUCCCACGGAGUCAAAUGAUCUCUCUGGCCAAUCCGCAGGCGAGUCCUGGUCGAGUGACACUGGAUUCCGGCACGCCAGAUAUCGAAGAAGCCCGGGGGAUCCCCAGCGGAGAGAAUUCAAUACACUCCAUGAUGCAACCCCAUGAUGCCUGUGCGCAGGUUACAAUCUUCCUCCACCCACGCUCUGUCGACGGCUAUCCUUGUUUCCCCACCAGCUGACACCCUCGCUCUUAUCCCCGGGCGAGUUUUAAAUAGCGCACGACAUGGAACUGAACAUCGUUACGACCCUUUGCCUGGUCAUGUGCGUACGGACACAUGAGCACUCCACGGGAUGCUCGGGACGCGCCACACCAGUUGUCUACUUAGACUCGCGGCCGUAGCGAGGCUUAUCCGCGUCUUGUCCUCUUUCUCUCACAUACUAUGUCGCUGGAGAACGAGAAGGAAAAUGGCGAGGUCGUGAUGAUAGAGACGACGGAGCGGGAUAUUGUCGGCGCCGAGUCCCCGCUUCCGGCGAUUGGGACACCCGAGCGCGCCGCCGCCGAACGCGCCAUCGUGCGCAAGCUCGACAGACGGCUGCUCCCGACUAUCCUGGUCAUCUACUUGAUGAACUACAUCGACAGACAAAAUGUCACCACUGCUCGGCUGAAGGGCCUGGAGCAGGAUCUGGGACUCUCCGGUAACGCUCCCGCUGUUCAUGCAACGCCUCCGUUGACCUUGGUUCCAGAUAUCCAAUACAACGUGGUUCUGUCGAUUGUCUACGUGUCCUACUGCCCGUUCCAAAUCCCAUCGAACAUGAUACUCAAUUACAUCACGAGACCCUCCUGGUACAUCGGGUCAUGUGUUGUUCUCUGGGGACUGACGAGUUUGCUCACCGGACUCACACAUAACUACGCGGGAAUUGUCGCAUGCAGGGUCAGCCUUGGGAUUCCAGAGUCUGCUUUCUAUCCUGGCGCCGUCUAUCUUCUCUCCCGGUGGUACACCAAGAAGGAGCUCGCGUUCCGAGUAGCGCUGCUAUACGGCGCCAACUUGACUUCCAAUGCUUUCGGCUCGCUUAUAGCCGCCGGAAUCCUGAGCAAAAUGGAGGGUGUCCGGGGAAUCCGAGCAUGGCGCUGGCUGUUCUUCAUCGAGGGCGCUAUCUCCAUCGCCGUUGGGCUCAUCGCGAUAUGGUCGCUGCCCGACUACCCCAACAACACGCGAUGGAUCUCCAGCGACCAGCGGCGCCUCGCCCAAGCCCGGCUCGCGGACGAUGCGGGUGAAGCCGACCAGGACAAUGCCAGCGAUACACCGCUUGCAGGCUUGAAAAUGGCCAUCUGCGACCCCAUUGUGUUGACAUUUGCGAUCAUGAAUCUCGCCCAGCUGUUCGGAUUCAGCUUUAACAACUUUUUCCCGACCCUCACAGCAACGUUCGGUUUCAGCACCACGAUCAGUCUUCUGCUCGCAGCCCCACCCUGGAUCUUCGCGGCUUGUGUUUGCUGCCUGAAUGCCUGGCAUGCCGACCGCACCGGAGAACGAUACUUCCAUCUUUCUGGCUGGUGGUGGCCUGUGAUGGUGGGCUUCAUCAUCUCGCUCUCGACGAUGUCUGUGGCCGGGCGGUACUUUUCCAUGUUCUUGAUGACGAUCGGCUACGCUGGAUUCGCCAUGACGGCCGUCUGGGUCUCGAAUACGAUCGCGCGACCACCCGCCAAACGCGCGGCGGCGAUCGGCAUUGUCAACGGUGUCGGAAACGUGGGGAACAUCAUGGGCUCGUAUACGUGGAAAUCCAAAUGGGGACCGCGCUACCACCAGUCCAUGAUCAUCUCUCUCUGCUCGCUCCUCUUCGCGUCUGCACUCGCGUUUGGGAUCCGCCGCAAUCUCAUCGCCAAGAACCGGCGUCUCGCAGCGAUCGAGAAAUCGGAUCUGCAGGGCGGCGACGAAGUGCGUGUCCGCGAGGCUGCGGUGCUGGAGGGGAUUACUUUCGAGCAAGCGAUGGAAAGGAGGAAAGGGUUCCGCUAUCUGUACUAGGAGGUACUGUAAACUAGGAGAGGGUAUGGAAAUGUACGAUAUCUCGGUCAUAAUCGCCACAACGUGGUCCCGCUCGCCGGCUGAUAAUGCCACUUCCCCGUGACCUUGUAUCGGGCGCUGAAUGCGAGGCCAUUCUCGAUCCUGGCGCGGACUGCGGGUGUUGCCGCGAUGUCGCGGUCCGCGUACCGGCUGAAGCGGACGCGCACCUCCACCAGCGUGGGCCGCAGCAGCACGAAACGCUCCAGGACCUUGUCCGAGCAGCUGAUACUCCCGUCGCCACACUCGAGCACCUCGAGCUCGCUCGCGAAGCCCUCGCUGCAGGCCGCGCGGACCAUGUCGUUCGUGAGCGUAGCCGAGGACGUGCUGCGCAGGCCGUCCAGCUUGAGCCUGCGCAGGCGCGGCGUUGCGCGGAGCAGCGCGAGCAGCGUGUCGUUGCUGAAGAACGCGGUGGACAGCUCCGCCGUCGCGAGCACCGCGAGGUGCGGCUCGAGCGACGCGAAGAACAGCGCGUGGUCCGGGCCGGGCAUCGCCGGGUGCGUCAGCCGCAGGUGCGCGAGCGCGGGGAGGCCCAGGUUCGCGAAGAACACGGGCAGGUCGUUGCCCAGGUAGAAGUGCACCUCGCGCAGCGCGGACGGCGUGCCGGAGGGGGGUAGGGCGGCCGCGGCGCCGGUGCCGGCGAGCGAGCCGAACAGCGUGCACCGGAAGACGGCCUUGCGCAGCGCCGGGCAGCGCCGGACGAUGUCGAGGCAGUGGUGCACGGAGAGCCCGCCGGUGAGGUCCGCGCCGCCCUCGCGCGUCUGCAGGCACUUGAGGUCGAACUCGACGAGCGAGGGCGCGGGCAGGACGAGCUUCGCGGCGUCGGCGGAGAUGCGCAGCAGCAGCACACGCAGGCGCGGAGCGCGCAGGACCGCGGCGUCCGCCCACAGCGCGGACCCGAAGUCGGAGUGGCACUCGACGUGCAGCGUGUGCAGCGCGGGCAGCUCCAGCUGCAGGAACGACGCGACGGUGGGCGCGGGCACGGCGGCGGGGAAUAUGAGGCACAGAUUCGCGAUGUGCGACCACGCGUGGCGCGCGACGGCCUGCACGGGCUGCGUAUUCAGCUCGUCCAGCGUGGACGAGAUGUACAGCGGGUGGCUGCCGCUCCGCGCGACCCACUCCAAGGCCAGGUCGACGAAGCGUCCGCGCUCGUCCUCCAAGACCCCGAAGUCAGCCCGCCCCAGGUGCGGCACGUGCAGCGACGACCACAGCUCGGGGGUAGAGUGCGACACUCGCCGCCACUCGCGUGAUACGUGUCCCAGACAGAUCGGAGGCGUGCGCGGGUCGACUAGCGCAGGGUACGCGGCGAUACAGAAGCAGAAGAUCUCCCCCAGAAGCUCGUCCGGAAGGCGCCGCACGAGGGACACCAGUGCCUUAUGUUUCCCGAUCUCCGUCUCCAGCUCAUCGCGCUGUGUGCACAGCGCGUGCAGUCGUUCCUCCACCUCCCGGAUCUCGUGAUUCAAGCGCCGCAGCUCAUCGAUGGGAGACACGAGAAAGCGGUUGAUCCUUUCGCGCUCGUCAUCUUGCGGGACGUAGUUCGUGCCGAGCAAGUCAGAGAACGGUGAGUUGGGCAAUGACAUCGUGGUGAUCGACGAUGCUCUGGCAUUAGUAGGCCGCAAGGGAAGUGGCAGUGAUGCCCGGGCCGGCUGACUCCGGAGGGGCUAUGCUCAAACGCGGUCCCGUGAUCGGUCCAUGAUCAAUAUUAGUUCAAUAGUCGCCAGCCACGCCCUGAGCACACCGUGCUUGCGGAGGAGCACGAUAUGGUGCGUUGAGAACCCCUCCAAGCUUCGCUGCGGCACGUUCUCGAGAUGAACAAUCCGGUGAGCUUUUCUUGCCAAUUUCAUAUGUACAGCACUACCACCAACCUCUAAAUUUGGAGGGACUGUGGAUCGCUCGCAUCGUCCGAGGCUUUCGAAAGAUUCAACACCAGGCUCGCAGAUGAACAGCUCGACCGGCCCAUACAGUAUACGGAUCUUGACCCUGUUUUCAGAGCGCGCCAAGGCCAAAAUGGAACUUAUACGCUCAUCAAAUUCUAAUCACAUGCCUACAGGCUGGUCACACGCACAUGCCUCCUCUAGCUCUGCGAUCAACCAGAGCCAGGAAGAGCCUCUGAAUGUGAUCAAAGGUCUCAAAAGUAUCAGGAUAGCCCUCGGAGGGUCUCGGGUGACUGCCGUAGAGUCUACAUUGAUCGUCAGAAAACUGAUUUCCCCAAUGCCGACCACUGUUUUCUUAGCCGCAGCAGUACUCUGCAGAUGCACAAACCGGUACAUAAAUACUUUCCCUUAGCUCCCAGCUUAGUUGCUCCAACAUACGUGGGGCAGUCACGAGCGGUCAGCAUCACUACGCCUAGACACGAAUCACAGCCACAACCCGUGAUCGACUCCGGACUCUGCACUCACCAUCAUGGCAAUGCACCUGAUCCCCGACUCGAUACGCGCGUACCACUCCGCAUUCACGACAUGCCCAGCCCUCGCCUCGCCGAGACUCCCGCUGCACACACUCGACGACGCGGAUCUGGGCGUCCACAACGUGACGUCCCGCACGACGCACCGCCUCGUCGCGCCGCCGGAUUCCCAUACCGGAUCCGACUCCGACUCGGAGGACUGUACCGCACCGGCGCGCGCAUGGGAGGCGGUGUACCCGGCGGGCAGCAUCAAUCCUUCUGGCGCGAUCCCGGGUGGAUUCGGGUUCUACGUGGCGGGCGCGGGCGCGUUCGCGCGCGCCUUGGAGGGCGGGGCGCAGCACGUCGUGGUUUCGUACAGGAUGAUGCUGCAGGGCGGGUGGGAGUGGGUCAAGGGCGGGAAGCUGCCUGGGAUAUGUACGUGUCCGGUCGUCCUGCUGUGGCUCGCAGGUUCUGCGCGCUGAGACUCCACGGCCAGUUGGUGGUGAUGGGAAGCUGUCGUACGCGUGCACUGGGGGUAGGAAAGACAAUCGGUGUAAAUGCUUCAAUAUUCGGCCGAUGUGGAGGUUCGCCUUGUCCCAUAUGCUACUGCGGUAUACCCGCGCUCACGGGAGGCCGUCAAUCUAGGGCGAACGGCCAGGGGGAGCUCUACACGUACCUACCCCUCACCGAUCACAAUCGCGAGCGCCAACUCGCCGUCCCGCCGACAUCGAAAGCCAACCCCGAUUACGGAUUUUCGCUCGGCCGCGGCGCGUUCAACUUCGAUGUCGCGGUGGGCAGGUGGGCCACGGUUGCGUUCCGGUUGAAGCUCAAUACCGUCGGGAGUGAAGAUGGGGAACUCGAGUUCUGGAUCAAUGGGCGAUCGGUUAUCAAGGUGACUGGGUUGAUGUUGCGAGACUCCGACGCGUCACGGAUCAAGGGCGCGCAUUUUCAGACGUUCUUUGGCGGACAUACCGAGGAUUGGGCAUCGCCCAAGGAACAAAAGGCGUGGUUCGCUGAUGUGACCGGGCUGAUAGUGGAAUGAAGAGCUUGGAUCGAUCGAAAUGGGAAGGGCACUAAACACUGAUCACAACUGCGUCAACCGAGACCGUCAUGAUUCAACACUGCGACCCAUCAUGGCUCUCCUCUGGAGUCAGCACGACAUCUUGCAUGUCGUCGUCGGCCUCCCUCGAGGGACCCGGGACAUCGCGUUCUCUGCGACGCUUGCUCUCAAACACCUGCAACCCGCGUCGCCGAUUGCUCGCUAGGGGGCUCGAGUCCACGGACCCGACUUCCGGCGUAUCGGGAUCGCCUGGUGCGCCUCGGCGGGGUGUGCUGAGCAGCGUGUCCUCGGCGCCGGGCGGGGCGUUGUCGUGCGGGGCGGUGUAUGCGGGCGGCGGGGCGGCGAUGGCCUCCAUGCCGAGCCCGAAGUACGGGGAGAGCAGGUACGCGUUGAGGGGGGAGGACGGGACGGGGGGCUUCUCGACCAGCGUCGCGGACGAGUCGGCGAACGGCUUCGUGGCUUUGCGGUUGUGCGUGAGCAGCAGGGGCUGUGUCCGGGCGUCAAUACGUUUCGUCGAUGCGCAUGUGACGCUGUGAGCCUGAGCCACUUGCCUUGAGUGGGGCCGUUCUUUUUCUGAACGUGCGCGCCCGCAUAAACGCGCAGAUGGCGCACAGACUGGCUACGAGCAUAAAUCCGAGGAUGGGAAUGACGAAUGCCCAGCGAGGAAAGUCCUUCGACUGCUGCUGCUGCUGCUGCGCUUGCACAUCGCGCACAACCUGGUUCAGAUGAGAUUCGGGUGAUGUCGACAUGGUUUCAGGGUGAGGUGGGGUGUCUUGGAAGCGGGAGAUAUCGCUUAUAUAGGUGGCGGAUGCGUUGUAAAAUAGGAGCCGCUGGAGUGAGACAGUCUCAUGCGUCGAAAAUCAACGCGCAGAGAGGAUUUGGUGGUAUUUAUGUCUUGAUCAUGCAUGCGCUCGAAGCACCUGCUGUACAGCAGACUGAAUAUCCUACCCUCGGUCGUCAAAAGUUGAACAGCAGGUCCCGUGAUCGAUGUCCACAUCCACGUGCUGACAUCGGGAGUUGCCGACUGUUGGGAUUGCACCCACUGCCACCAGCCGCGGGCAACAAUUCGGGCUGACCCACCUGUUCGGGCAGAGCCCAUGUCAUUUCUAAGUGGUAAUUCUGAGGGUAACAAAUAGACACACCUGACGACCGAUUAGGUUCACUGUCCCUCAGUAUGAUGAUGAAGGGGAGAAACUUCUGAUGAAGGAACGUCCACGCGGCCAGGUCUUCUCCGUUUGAAAAUCCUCUGAGAGCAGCACACUUUGCGUGUGCAGCAGCGAAAUCCGCGAGCAAAUUUCGAUCUCUCAUCCCAUUG